CCCGUUUUCGCCGGGGGGGGGCCGCUGAAGGUCGGUCGGCUUGAUUCCUCGCGCGCUGGGCCUUGGCUGCGACCGGGGAGCGAAGAGAGAAUGAACGGCCGGCCUCCUUCCCGCCUGGGCCUCACCCGGCUCUUCCCCUCGAUCGGAGGAAGGGGGGCGGCUCCGCACCACGUUUGAGGCACUUGCUUCUGGCGGGGCCCGUCCCGUUUAACCGCCGGGUAAAAAGCAACCCUCGGCUCUUCGCCCCUCGUUCUCCUUUCGCGCGGGUGAAAGGCCAGGUUGAAGCCUUGCCCGCCCGGAGGCUGCACUUAAACCGGAUCGCUUUCCUUCCUAAGGAGGAAGCCCGGGUGGAAAAUCAGCGGGCCGAACCGUAAAUCAUAAACACGCGAGGGAUGGACGGGUACGAUGGCAAGGCUUGUAGGCGCCGGGCUUGAGAUCGGUGGGGCUCGCUGGCCGGUAAACCUGCGGUGUGGAUCGGCCUGUAGGACGACGGCGUUGAAGCACUGAUUUCCGAAAAAAAAAAAACCCAUACAAAAAUAAACAGUGGCUGCAACGUGCUAUUUUUUUUUUCUUCCCCUGUUGGAAUCUCUGAUGCGGCUUUCACAUUUUUUUAAAAAAAGGCUGCGGGAUAUAAUUUUCCAGUUACUUUUCUACACGCCCAUCUCUGCAGCAUAAUAAAAUGGCUAAUCAGGUGAAUGGUAAUGCGGUACAGUUAAAAGAAGAGGAAGAACCAAUGGAUACUUCCAGUGUUACUCACACAGAACACUACAAGACACUGAUAGAGGCAGGCCUCCCACAGAAGGUGGCAGAAAGACUUGAUGAAAUAUUUCAGACAGGAUUGGUAUCUUAUGUUGAUCUUGAUGAGAGAGCAAUAGAUGCUCUCAGGGAAUUUAACGAAGAAGGCGCCCUCUCUGUAUUACAGCAAUUUAAGGAAAGUGACCUGUCGCAUGUACAGAACAAAAGUGCAUUUUUAUGUGGAGUUAUGAAGACUUAUAGACAGAGAGAGAAACAAGGAAGCAAAGUACAAGAAUCAACAAAAGGGCCAGACGAAGCAAAAAUUAAGGCUUUGUUAGAACGAACUAGUUAUACUUUGGAUGUGACCACAGGACAACGGAAAUAUGGUGGCCCUCCCCCAGAUACUGUCUACUCAGGAUCUCAGCCUGGCAUUGGAACAGAGGUUUUUGUUGGAAAAAUUCCUAGAGACUUAUACGAAGAUGAAUUGGUGCCACUCUUUGAAAAGGCAGGCCCCAUUUGGGACUUGCGACUCAUGAUGGAUCCACUUUCUGGACAGAACCGAGGCUAUGCUUUCAUCACAUUUUGUACCAAAGAUGCAGCACAGGAAGCUGUUAAGUUGUGUGAUAACUAUGAAAUCCGGCCAGGAAAACACCUUGGUGUAUGCAUCUCAGUGGCAAAUAAUAGGCUAUUUGUUGGAUCAAUUCCAAAAAACAAAACAAAGGAGAAUAUACUAGAAGAAUUCAGCAAAGUCACAGAGGGUUUAGUUGACGUAAUCCUGUAUCAUCAACCUGAUGAUAAAAAGAAGAAUCGGGGGUUCUGCUUCCUUGAAUAUGAAGAUCACAAAUCAGCAGCUCAAGCUCGACGCCGGUUGAUGAGCGGGAAAGUGAAAGUCUGGGGAAAUGUUGUGACGGUUGAAUGGGCUGACCCGGUAGAGGAGCCAGAUCCAGAAGUCAUGGCAAAGGUGAAAGUUCUAUUUGUGAGGAAUUUGGCCACUACAGUGACAGAGGAAAUAUUGGAGAAAUCAUUUUCAGAGUUUGGAAAACUGGAAAGAGUGAAGAAAUUAAAAGAUUAUGCUUUUGUUCAUUUUGAAGAUAGGGGAGCAGCAGUUAAGGCCAUGAAUGAAAUGAACGGAAAAGAGAUAGAGGGGGAAGAAAUUGAAAUAGUGUUAGCCAAGCCUCCAGAUAAGAAAAGAAAAGAACGCCAAGCUGCCAGACAAGCCUCUAGAAGCACUGCGUAUGAAGACUAUUAUUACUAUCCUCCACCUCGUAUGCCACCUCCUAUUAGAGGCCGAGGUCGUGGAGGCAGAGGCGGCUAUGGCUAUCCCCCAGAUUACUAUGGCUAUGAAGAUUAUUACGAUGAUUAUUAUGGCUAUGACUAUCAUGACUACCGUGGUGGCUACGAAGAUCCUUACUAUGGCUAUGAUGAUGGCUAUGCUAUAAGAGGACGAGGAGGAGGAGGAAGGGGUGGGCGAGGCGCACCUCCACCACCUAGGGGGCGGGGAGCACCACCACCAAGAGGUAGAGCUGGCUAUUCCCAGAGGGGGGCACCCAUGGGACCACCAAGAGGAGCCAGGGGCGGGAGAGGGGGCCCUGCUCAGCAGCAGAGAGGACGUGGUGCUCGUGGAGCCAGGGGCAAUCGUGGGGGCAACGUGGGAGGCAAGAGAAAAGCGGAUGGGUACAACCAACCUGAUUCCAAGCGCCGUCAGACCAACAACCAGCAGAACUGGGGCUCGCAGCCUAUCGCUCAGCAGCCGCUUCAACAAGGUGGAGACUAUGCCGGUAACUAUGGUUACAAUAAUGACAACCAGGAAUUUUAUCAGGAUACAUAUGGGCAGCAGUGGAAGUAAGACCAAUAAGGAGGGCAUGGGAAUAUUGACAAGAUAAGAAUUUGGCUAUAGUUCUACAUCCUUCCAAAAAAUUGGCUUAUUGUUUCAUCCUUCAAUAGUGAUUGGCUGCCAUGUGUAUUGGGCUGAAGAAUCACUCUAUUAUGUAUAUAUUCAAGUCUUUUUUUUCCUCCUUUUCUCAUAAAUGCACUUGGACAUUACUGAGCUUGCAGAUUUCCCAAACAUAGUUUGGGGAUAACAAUGCUUUUUAUCGUUUUAGGCUUCAUUUUAGCAGUUUAUUAGCAAGGAUGGGCAACACUGUUAAAUCAUGAUUUUUGCAAACCUUCUGUUUUUGGACAGUUUCUUUUCUUUCUUUUUCCCUCUUUUCUUUUUGGAUUUGGGAUAGAUUACGUAGGCUUCUGCUGUACAUAAAAUAAAGCUAGUACUUUUGUCUCCGUAGUUUUAAGGAAUUAAAAAAAAAAAUUAAGUUUUCUUGUAUUGAAAAAUAACAUGAUUGUAUGUUUUGCAUUCCUAGAAGUAGGUUAACUGUGUUUUUAAAUUGUUAUGACUUCACACCUUUUUGAAAAUCUGCCCUACAAAUUUGUUUGGCCUAAACGUCAAAUCCGUGGCAAUUUGUUCCUUGAUGUGAUUGUAUUUCCAAUUUCUUGUUCAUGUAAGAUUUCAAUAAAACUCAAAAACCUAUUCAAAACA